UCGUAUUUCGUACUCGUAGUCGUACCGGGUAGGUACCCACAGAGAAGUGAAUAUAAACGGAAUCACCAUUCACCAGGCAGAUUUUGAAUUCACCAUCUAAGCAAGUUUAUAAAGGAAUUCCGGAUUAAGAAAGCUGCCGAUUACCACAUUUGAAAUUGGUCACUGUGCUUACUGUUUUGUGACAUUAUAGUUAAUAAGAUACAAGGUCAUUGAGACAGUUGAGCUAAUUUAUAAACUGGACGCGAUCGUGACAGCGACUACGGACACCUAAUUUAUUUACGUUAACCGGGUGUGUUUCUUGAGGUUUAAUUCGGUACCGAUAUUUAUUGUGGACUCAAGUAUAGUGCUUUGAAGCUGUAAUGGGUGCCCAUGUUUCAAGAGACGACUUUGAGUGGGUUCUAACGGAAGAACCGCACGCUAGCCGAAGAAAAAUAAUUUUGGAGAAAUACCCAGAAAUCAAGAAGCUGUACGGCUACGAUCCGAACUUCAAAUGGGUGGUUACGGCGAUGGUGCUGACCCAGUUCUUCAUGUUGAAGAUAGUUCCCCAAAUGAGCUGGUCGGUUCUCACCCUAGUUGCCUACUGCUUCGGCGGCGUCAUCAACCAUUCUCUCAUGCUUGCUAUCCACGAAAUAGCUCACAGCCUAGCAUUUGGACACAACAGGCCCCUACACAACAAGCUGUUCGGUUUUUUCGCGAACCUGCCCAUCGGUAUACCGAUAUCAAUCAGCUUCAAGAAGUACCACUUGGAACAUCACAGGUACCAAGGUGACGAGAAGAUUGAUGUCGACCUACCAACACUGUUAGAGGCCAAGUUGUUCUGCACAACCGGCGGCAAGUUGGUCUGGCUCUUCUUCCAGCCGUUCUUCUACUCGCUGAGACCGCUUGUGGUCCGACCCAAGCCAAUGACUCCUAUGGAGGCGACAAACCUUAUCAUACAGCUGACGUUCGACGCUAUAGUCUUGAAACUCUUUGGAUGGAAGGCUCUAGCUUAUCUUCUGAUAGGCUCGGUUCUCUCAAUGGGCAUCCAUCCAGUCGCUGGUCAUUUCAUAUCGGAACACUAUAUGUUCCGCAAAGGCUUCGAGACGUAUUCGUACUACGGGCCCCUCAACUGGAUCACCUUCAACGUGGGUUACCACAACGAGCACCAUGAUUUCCCAGCGGUGCCUGGCAGUAGGCUACCCGAGGUGAAGAGGAUAGCGUCAGAGUUCUACGACGACUUACCACAGCACAAUAGCUGGUCCAGCGUUCUGUGGGACUUCGUUAUGGACCCAGAAAUAGGCCCUUACGCCCGCAUCAAGCGUAAACAUAUGGGCCUAAGCAGCUAGGCAUUGUAUAAACGUUUAAUAUUUUAAACGGUAAUUAAGCCGGUGAAUAAUUUAUUUAAGCAACCGCCUUCUCUUAGGUCGUAUAAAUUGUUAUUCUCUUUAACGCAAGCGAUAAUAGGUGGUAGUCAUUUUAAAACCAUCAUAUUAUAUGCGCAAAGUCAUUUAAAGAGAAUAUACCUACAAUAACUCGCUAAACUAUCUCCUUGAACCGCAAAGCGGUCAAGUGACCUCUACUAACACAGUUACGUUUGAUGCGUGUUCAGUCGGACAUAGAACGUGCAACGCGAGACAAAAAUGCUGAAUUGUUCCGAUUAGUGUUGAAAAAUCAAACAGUAGUUCAAAACAAAGCUCAGUGAAGCGUUAUGGUCUAUCACCGGUGAGUUGAAUUGACUAAAUUUACUAAAGAAAUAUUAAUAUUAAACCAGUCUUUUGCGUAAUGCGACCAAAUCAUGAGAGUUGCUGCUUCUGGGCAUUUACACAACACAACAUAGAACUUAGUUGUAUAAUAAACAAUUCUUAUUAUACGGCUUUUGGCGGGAAGUGAUGUGAUUGGUUAAUUUUGGUCGCGUCAUGAACGCCACGCACAUACCCCUCAAAAUUUGGUUAACGCGAACUUCAUAGAAAUAGAUUGUAUUGUUGGUCUAUUCUCUUUAAAUGUUUUUUGUAUAUUCAAGAUAAUAUAAACUCAAGAUGAUAAAACAACCAGACUCCCAAACGCCUAUUAAAAAGUCCUUAAAAUUUUUCGAGUGGUGUUGUUAUACAAAUACAUAAACUAAUACAGAUAGCAUUAAAACAUUCACUCAAAUUAACACCUUAUUUCGUGGCAGUAAUGUUCAAAGUCAAGAUUAUGGUGCGACGGCGAUGUUUUUUUUUAUUAAGCAAACUGUUUUAGAAAUUGAAAUGUAAUUAUUUAGCAAAAUGAUUAAAAACGUCGAAUUAGUUACAUAAUAUUGUUUUUAAAGGGGCACUUACCUAAAAUACGACACUCAAUCCUUUUUAAGUUUGGAAUAUGCUGUUAUUUGGACAGUUUUUCACUGAACACUUUGUCAUUGUGUGACGUUGUAUUCAAAGCGUGGUCGAAAUACAACUGAACGAAAACUCUGCCUAAUAGACGCGUAGGCAGAGUUUCGCUUGAGACAAAUUGUGAGUCUAGUUGUUUAUUGUACGUCAAUGCGUUGAGCACUUUAUUUUGUGAAUACUGGACGAGACUGUGCUGUUACGCUUGGCUAUUUAACUCUCGUCUGGAGAAAUUCUCGAGUUGAGAUAGAUAAUUUUAAUUAAGUAAUUUAUACACAAUUAUAAGUAUAUAUAUUGUAAACUGUUUGAUUACAUGUAAUAAAAAAAGUUUCUUAUUAUUAUAUCCUUGAUUAAGUUUUCACUUCAUUGGUGUGGUAGAUAUUCACAUGCCAUUUAUUUUCGGGAAGUUAUAAGGUUAUUAAAAGAAAUUAACUGUUUAAAAAAGUUCUAAUAUAAAUCCGUGUCUUUCUGUUGUUUAGCGUCAAUCUUUAGACGCCGCUUGAAUUGUUAGACACUGUUUAACAAAACGCGUGUCUAAGCCCUGUUUAAAUUAUUUUCUUUUGUAAUAACACCGCUAUUUAAUUUCAUGGGAAUAGGCUUAUUAGAAUAAAAAAAUAGACAAUCUUAUACACGUCUCAUUAUUAUAAUUGAGUUUUAAUUUUUUUUACCUUAUAUUAUUUAUAUAUGAAAUGUAUUGUUUUCUUAUUUAUAGAAUAUAAUUUUAAUACAUGUUUUUUUAAAUGUAAUUGUACUUGUACGGGUAAGUUUUUCUGAUUAUUCAUGUUUAUAAAAAAUAUUAAUGGAGUCAAGCGAUGGCCGUUGCCUUUGAUGUUAAAAAAAAAUAUAAAAAGUCACCGUCAUUGUCUUCUGUCAAUUAAAUUGACGUUUGUGACAGUCCAGGCAUUUAUAGGCGUAGAUUGUGUUGCAUAUGAUGCAGAGGUGAUAUUUAAGAUAUUAAUAGCUUAAUAAAGAUCAUUUUCGAGUACAAAUAUUUAUAAAUUGUAUUCUUUUAAUUCAUAUUAAACUACGUGGAAGCGCUCUGUACAAUGAACAUGAUGAUAGCUUUAAAAAAAUAUACGUUGAAGUGUUAAAAAUUAUCCAGUUUUUUUUAUUUAUAUUGAGAUUAAAAAGAUAUUUAAUAAAAAAAAACUUACUACACGGCCCCUUUAGCUCAUAAAUUUUCGAGACAUGACCUCAUAAUCGGUCACUAUGACACUCGUUUUUGCGUUUAAUGCAAAGUGGAUUGAUAAAAUCACAGUAAUUUAAAUCUAGAUUAUUUUUUGUUAAAAGUAGACCUGUAUCGUGGAUUUAGAUAUUAGAAGAGAAAUCUGUCAUUGUGACUAUUAUUGAAGAGAAAAAUUUUUGUUAAAAGCAUUUGCAUUACUUCAUGUAGGUAUGUAAUUAUUACUAACUUAACUAGAAAACGUACAUAUUAAUUCGUGUAUUGAAUUUGUAACUAGAUUUGAACAGUUUCCGCGAUGUGGCUUAAACUACAAAUUUAGCAAAAAAUAAAUUAAUGACCAAUAUAAUUAACAAAGAGAUUUAAAGAGAAUUAGCCAACAAUAUCUCGGUCGUGUGCUCCCGUGUGCAAGUAUGCACGGCAAACCUUUUGUUAUGGUCCUAUGCUACCGUGUCCCCACGGACACGGCAAGACAGUCGCCAAUAUCUACGUAUCCCUAGACACAGAGAAUUUUACACGGGGUGUUUUGAUUAAUUGCUCUUGGUUCUAAGAGCCAUAAAACAAAGUGGAACGCUUUUGAAGAAAAAAUAUAUUAGUAUUCAUUUGGCUGUAGCUGGUAGCGGCCAUUUUUGUUUAGUAUACAACGGGAACAUUAUUUUGUGAAAUUUUUUUUAGAAAAAAAACCUUUUUUUUAUAGGUAUCCUAAGUUCAUAUAACGUGUCCACUAUAGAAAAAAUAAUACAAAGAAUUCAAUAACAAUAUUUUUAUUUUCUCAUACAAUUCUAAAAGAGCGGACAUAGACCAUAGACCGAAUCUAUCAUAAAUCACGUUUUUUGUUUACAAUAACCAAGUUUGUUUAUCUAGCAACCCGUAGCAUAAACGAAAUAAUGAUACCUCGACUAUUGUAAAUACAAGUGGCGCCAAAACAGCUCAGCAGGUGGCUUCUGCGGUAGAGUGGGACGUGUUGGCAUACUGGAGGAUAACUGUCCCCUUGAACCGCGCAACUGUCAAGAGACUACUAACAAAAUGACGUUUGAUGCGCGUUCAAUCGGCGUUCAGACAGAACGUGCAACGCGAGACGAAAGCGACUAAACUGCUGAAUUUUUCCGUUUUAUGUUGGAAAAGCCAAUAGUCUUUCAAACCAAAGUUCGGUGUAACAUUACCUAUCACCGGUGUGUACAAUUGACUUAGUGUACCAAAUAACUUAUAUAAAUAUUAAAACGUAUGUGUUGAUGUUACAUAAUGCUAAAAAAUCAUGAGAGUUGCUGCUUCUGGGCAUUUUUACCACACAAUCAUAAUAGAACUUAGUCAUACAAUAAUACCGCUUUUGGCGGGAAGUGAUGUGAUUGGUUUAUUUUGAUCGCGUCAUGGACGCCACGCCCAUAUCCCCCGCAAAAAUUGGUUGAUCGCGGCCUUCAUAGUAAUAUUGUCGGUGUAUUCUCAUUUAAUUAUAUGCGAACGUGUUUUUUUUAUAACUAUACACCGCACCGAAUGCACAGCGCUAUUAGAAUCGUAUCUGAAGAUGUAGGUCAUCCAUGCGCGCUGGUGGCACCCGUAUACCAUAUACAAUAUUUUACAGAACUGCGGAUCGUGCGGUGCUGAUAAGUGCAUUCAAAGAUUUAUGAAAUUUGACGACUGCAGCGCGUUCAUCAUAAAACCUGCUAUUCUAACACCAAUUACUGCUUAUACCUGGACACCUGUCAGUUGUCCUUACAGAGGGUAUUCCAAGAGGAUAGAUACUAUGAAGCUAAUAUUAAGACCUUAUAAUAUCAUUUAUACGUCUAGAUAGUGGCUGUUGUGAAAACGUCGAAAAAAAUUUAGAUUGACUGUUGUUGACCUCUAAAUUUUGAGCAAUGCACGCACACUAACACUAAGUGAUAUGCAAAUCGCGAGUGCAUGACGUAGCUUGUCACGCACACUAAAGUAAUAAACCUGCCUGUUUUCAUUGGUUGUCUAGCAGCAAGAGAUCUAGACAUAUAUUUUUUUUAAGAUUUCUAGAACAAUUUUUACAACGAUACGGGUCACUUAUUGAUGCAUUUUAGAUUUGUCUCUUUAUAAAUGUGUGGUAUCGUUCAGUCCAUACGUUAUUUUGGACAAGUUCAAUAGAAUAUUCACAAAUAUAUUAGUGUUAAUGUACAAAGAUCGAUGUUAAUUGUUACAUGUAUAUUUUCUGUAUAAUGUUUUGAAUAAAAUUUAUUGGAAAUA